CAGGUAUUGUGGUUGAUGUAUCCACAAGUUUGCAAUCAUUACAGUGUUUUCUGAAAAGUGUACGAUGGUUAAGAUAUUUAACGAAGCAGCAGUACGUUUUUGGAUCCAGCAGUCCAUAGGUACCGAAAACUUCACUUUUGUAAUUGAAAACACGACGCAAAAAGGUGAAGGUUAUAUAGGAGAAAUAUUAUUUAUUUCAGUAGAUCUACAAAAACCGAUUGAUGGAAAAGACGUUCUUUAUCUGGUCAUAAAAACAAACAAGAAUCAUGGACCAGACAAAAACUUUCCUAUAGUACACGAAUUUUGUAAGAGGGAAGUAUUUUUUUACAGUAAAAUUCUUAAAGCAUUCCAGGAAUUUCAGAAUGAGAAAAAUGUUCGCGUUCCUUUUGACAUGAUACCCAAAUGUUACAAAACGUUUUUAGACGACGAAAAUCAAGUAAUUAUCUUGCAAAACUUAAAGAAAAACAGCUACACGUUGCAUCCAAGAGAAAAACCAUUAAACAUUGCACAUCUAAAAAUGGGAUUAAGAUCUUACGCAAAGUUACAUGCCUUGUCGUUCGCAUUAAACGAUCAAAAGAAAGAUACUUUUGAAAAAAUUUCAAAGAAUUGUUUUUCGUUAUUUAAAGAUAUGAUGCAAAACUUUCGAACGCUCUUCGAUACAAAAACCCCCACAUUAGUAGAAAAAUUAAAAGAAGCUGGAAGACCUGAUUUGUCAAUUGUAUAUGAAACGUUUAUGAAUGAAAAAAGUAUUUUUGAUCGUUUUAUAGAAAUAUUGAAUAUUACUUCCAAAGAUCAAGUAAUAAUUCAUGCUGAUUGUCACAAUGCAAAUAUGUUGUUUCAAUAUAAGGAUAACGAUACAACUACUCCUCUGCACAUGGUCUUGAUAGAUUUCCAAGCAGCUGGUCUUCAUUCACCGAUAAUCGAUUUAUCCUACUUUCUUUACAUCAACUUAUCAUCAUCUGAUUUUCCAAAACUAAAAGAUUUUGUGGAAUAUUACUACAUUGCAUUAUGUUUAUUUCUCAAUGAACUAGGUAGUGAUGCCGACAAAUUAUUUCCGCGAAGUACUUUGGAACAACAUUUAAAAACAUACCUUCCUUCCGGUUUUCUGUUGACACUUACAUUCUUGGAGCUCUUAUAUCUUGAAAACAAUGAAAUUCCAGCACUUAUUGAUGAAGAAAGUAACGAGUUCUUUGGGAGUUUUAUUAAGGAUGUAAAAAUAAAGUCUCGUGGCGAAUAUUUGAACCGUCUGGUAACAUUGGUGGAUAGCUUUUUUGGUGAUCCGUAUGUGUAGACUAAUAAUAUUUUAUUCUGUAAUUUAUAAUGACUAUUUUAAAUAAAUUGAUUGUUAA